AUGGAUAUACGACCAGCAAUACGUAAUCUAAUCUAUGUAGUCUCUAACUUUAUUAAAGAACCUAAAUUGAAAGCAUAACUUGAUUAACUCUAUUUGUUAACUAUUAAACCUGAUUCUAAUUUAGAAGAGAUUGAAAAAUAUAUGAUCAACUUAGGAAAAAAUACAUCUACUCAUCUAAGAAUUAAUUCCUAACCAGUUAUAUUGCCUUCACCUAAACAGAAUAAAGUUUAAUUAAUGUCAGGAGUUAAUACACCUGCAUUUUCAAGUGGAAUGCCUAUAAAAACACCUGGAUUCGGAAUUAGAAUUCAAUAUACCACUCCAUUGAAAUCUAAUAGAGAAAAAGAUGAUAAACAUAAAAAUUUAUCAGAUAGAUAAAUCUCUUUUAAAUUUGAUACUCCAAAACCAUCACCUAAAAAUGUUAAGUCUAUUGACUAACAAAUAAUGGACAUUAAUCAAAAAAUUAAAUUAUAUACUGAUAUACCAUAAUCAUUCAAUACAGUCCCAAUUAUAUAAUAAGGAUAUGAAUAGUAUCUCUAAAAUAAAAUUACUCCAAAAAGUUUACCUAAUAAAAAUGAUAUUAAUACAUAACAACAUGAAGAUGAAUAAUAAGAGAUAAAAUUUGAUUUAAAUAAAAUAUCAGGUAGAAUGCUAUAAAAUAUAAAUCAAAAUAUGAAGGAGAUGAAAUCAAACACUUUUAAAUUAAUAAAAAUAUUUGAGAAUACAUGUGAAAUUAAAACUCAAUCUUCUGUAGUACAUACUAGUCAUGUAGAUGCAUCCCUCAUUUCUCCAUUUAGAAAAUCAAAAAAUGUAAAAUUUAUUUCUUUAUUUAUAGCCUCUUUUUAAUGGUAUUCGUGGUCAAAUUACAGAUUAAGAUUUAAAUAAUAUUCAGUAAAACUUUUUAAUGAAAAAGCUUAUUGUCAAAGCUAAGCCCAAUGAAGAAAUUCAAUAUGAAAAUCCAAAAUAAGAUAUAUUCUUUGUAACAAGCGUUAAAGGAUGA